GAGGUAGGCUGCCGCGUGAUACUGAUUCUUGAUGCACAAGCGCUGUGACUGUUAUUGUCCCACUGUGCGGAGCCAAAACAACCAUCGGGGCAUUUUGCGAGGAUAAAGGCAAAGACGCUGCAACAUCGGGCCGACAUGGGGAAGGUGGAAGGAGGAAUGAAAUGUGUGAAGUACCUUUUGUUCGUCUUCAACUUCAUAUUCUGGUUGAUGGGAUCCUUUGUGCUGGCCGUGGGACUGUGGCUGCGCUUCGACCCAGAAACUGUCUCUCUGCUCAAUGGCGAAAAGGCUCCAGACACCUUCUUCAUCGGUGUGUAUAUACUGAUUGGUGCCGGCAGCCUGGUGAUGCUGGUUGGCUUCUUCGGCUGCUGUGGAGCCGUGCGCGAAUCUCAGUGCCUGCUGGGUUCAUUCUUUGCCUGUUUGUUGAUCAUCUUUGGCGCUGAGGUGGCAGCAGGGGUGUUUGGAUUCCUAAACAAAGACAAGAUAAUUGAAGACGUUCAGAACUUCUACUCCACGACUUACAAUGAAAACAAUAACAGCACUUUGAUCGUCUCAUACCAGAAAGUACUGAACUGUUGUGGAACCUCAGCAAACCCCUGCCCAGAUUCUCAACCAGAAACCAAGGACUGUGAGACAGGCAUCAAGGAUUUCUUCAACAGUAAACUCUACAUCAUCGGGUACGUGGGCAUCGGCAUCGCUGGAGUCAUGAUCAUUGGGAUGAUCUUCAGUAUGGUUCUUUGUUGUGCCAUUCGCAACAGCAGGGAGGUCAUAUAAGCUGGACCCUUGACCUCCACACCCGAGAGACUGCACAGUCUUCAGAUCAAAUGUCAAGCCCUGUCCAUCAUCCACGCGGGGACCCAGGAAAUUGACCAUGCUCUAAAAGUUCCAUUCCGUCUUUAUUUUCUCUGAAAUAUUCUUUAUUUAUUUGCUGUCACAAGCUAAGUAACUGACUCUACCUUUCCCAACUGUCUGAUAAGACACAUGCUGUGGGUGCAGCACGUUUUUUUUCGACGUUGCCCUGACAGUGUGUCAGAUUGUUUUUUUCCCCCGUGGCCAUUUGGCUGCCACUACAAAUUUUAACCCACAUACUGUCGCUAAAGUGUCAAUGCCUUUUCACACAGCCUUGACACUGACCCCGUGGCUGUGGGAAACGUAAGCCCCGAGAGAGCAAUCUGAGGUGAAAGCAGCUGAGUUUGCUUAUCUGUGUGCACACACAAAUCAAGACACACACACACACACACACACACACACAGAAACAUGCACGCACGCACACACACACACACAGAAACACAGCAAUGUUGUGUUACGUGAGACCGCAUCCUUAAAAAAGGUUGUCUGGCCUCGCGUAGGGAGUCCUGAUUGGUCGAAUCAGAGUGGAGUGUCAAGACAGGUCAACACAGGUUGCUCAUUAUGUUGAAAGUCUUAAAGGAAUAGUUCACUAUUUUGGGGAAUACUCUCAUUCGCUUUCUUGCGUAGAAGAUUAGAUAUUAGAAGAUUGAUAGCACAUUCAUGUCUGUCUGGUAAAUAUGAAGCUACAGUCAGCAACUGGUGAGCUUGGCAGAGCACAAUGAAUGGAAACAGGUGGAAAUAAGUAGCCUGUCUCAGGUUUUGUUACCUUUGGACACAGCCGAAGUAGCUGUUUCCCCCUGUGUCCGCUUUUUAAAAAUUAUUAUCAUUCAAAGCUAAAAAGCUGAUGGCUGUUGCCUUAUAAAUACCAGCCAGAAGUAUUGAUUUUUUUCCCCCCUCUGGCUCUUGGCAAGAAAGCGUGGGCUCUUUCCCAAAAUACUAUUCCUUUAAAUGACAUUGAAGAAAUCAUGCACACUUCACAUGCUGACAAACAAAACUGGUACAUUCUCAGUAUGGUGGUUUACACAACUCUAGUCAUUUUCAAGAGUCAGAUAGUAGAAAUGCAGUAAUAGAGGUAAAGGAACUGUACGUAAAAUCAUCUACAAUGUGAAGUGUACAUGAUUUUAAGCGAGGGAGUUAAAAACUUGCAGACACACUGGUCACGUCACUCAAAUGUAAUUUUAAAGGAAAAAACUCAUUCUUUCUUCACCCCAAAGCAAAAAGAUCCCCGUCUGUUUGACGACGCGACCUGGUGACAUAAGUAAGCACUUCCUACACUUAAUGACAACAAUGCUCUCUUAUGUAAGAGCUCACCCACUCACUCUCUGUUGACGAUAUGUCGAGAAGGCACCGGAUCAUGUUCUCAUGCCAAACAUAUAAUAGUCAGUCAUCUGAGAAUAAGUCACUCCCCCCCCCCCCCCGUGUGCCUUACAAGUACACCACCCACAACAAAUGAAAAAAACAUUCCUGUAUUCUUCUAUCCAGGUUAAAUCGGGCCACUGUUUUUGAAUUUGAAGGGUUCAAUCCAAGUGUCAGGACUCUGGUUUGUAAAUAUGUUUGAGUUUUUUUUGUUUGUUUUUUGUAGUUGUACAUUGUUUGUGGCUGAUGUAACUGUUACUAUUUAACAUGCUGUGUGUAGACAGAGGCUUGCGGUAGUUGUACAGUGUUGUAGUAAUGACAGUGUAGUCGAAACAGAUCCACACGGCCAGAGCUGUUUCUUAACGUGCCUUCCUUUGAUAACCACCUUUUUUUUUUUUUUAAACAAUAAGCCGUCUGAACGUAGGAAAAAAGUGUACAUAUGUUUCGCAGAGUCGGACUGCAAUUAAUCGUCGUACACAUUGGACGAGUAGCACACAUGGCUCCACUUUCCAUUGUUAAAGUGUCACCCUCGACUGUUUCUUCUUGGGCCAAGGGAGCUGAAGUGGCGCAAGCAACAGUUUCUCUCCCAGCUAUUUCAAAAGCCUCUUGGUACUGGUCAAAUCUAUUCUGAGGACUCGCAACAAUGGUGAAGUCCAGACGAUCCAACCAUGUGGGACACAAGCACUUGUGAAUAUUACUUUCACUUUUUUUAUGAGAGACAACAAAAGCUUACUUUCCACUUCAGGCUGUUGAGAUUCCACUGUUCACUCGCUAGACUGUCACUUGGAGUUUGAACAGGAUGUCCUGGGAACAGUUUAGUGCUACUUAAUCCACAAUGGUGCCGCUGUGUUCCUGAGCUACAUAUAUCUGGAGAGGUAAUGUAGGUGCAUCAAAAAAACAAAACAAAAAAAAACAACGGUGUACUCACUCAAGCCUUUCAUAGUUGGUUGUGUGUUAAUUUAUUUUAAUACCAUUCCAGGCUUCUCAGGAAGAUAGUUGAUUGAAGUUUAAUAAAGCUUUUAAAGUUUUA